CAGUGCCCGGUUUGCCCGGGCGGAGGGGAUGAGGGAGAGAUGCUCGUGGGUUGCGUGUUUGGGGUGUUUAGGAUCUCUCAGUCCAACAAAUGCUUGGUUUAGGGGGAUUGGAUGUUUUAGAUUGGAUAUUAGGGGAGAAUUCUGCACUGGGAAGGUCUCCCACGGGGAAACCCAGGCCCGGCUCGGCUCGGCCUGGGGAGGUGCGGGGCAGUGCCCGGUUUGCCCGCGGGAAGGGAUGAGGGAGCGAUGAGGGAGGGAUGCUCGUGGGUUGCGUGUUUGGGGUGUUUAGGAUCACUCCGUCCAACAAAUGCUUGGUUUAGGGGGUUGGAUGUUAAAAGAGUAGGUUUAGGUUGGAUAUUGAGGGGGAAUUCUGCACUGGGAAGGGGGUGAGGCACUGGGAGAGGUCGCUCAGGGAAGGUGUAGAUCGCCCAUUCCUGGAAGUGUUCAAUGCCAGGGCUUGGAGCAAACUGGGACAGUGGAAGGUUGGAGGUGUUGGAGCAAGCUGGGGCAGUGGAAGGUUGGAAGUCUUGGAGCAAGCUGGGGCAAUGGAAGGUUGGAAGUCUUGGAGCAAGCUGGGGCAAUGGAAGGUUGGAAGUCUUGGAGCAAGCUGGGGCAGUGGAAGGUUGGAGGUGUUGGAGCAAGCUGGAACAGUGGAAGGUUGGAAGUCUUGGAGCAAGCUGGGACAGUGGAAGGUUGGAAGUCUUGGAGCAAGCUGGGGCAGUGGAAGGUUGGAUGUCUUGGAGCAAGCUGGGACAGUGGAAGGUUGGAAGUCUUGGAGCAAGCUGGGGCAGUGGAAGGUUGGAGGUGUUGGAGCAAGCUGGAACAGUGGAAGGUUGGAAGUCUUGGAGCAAGCUGGAACAGUGGAAGGUUGGAAGUCUUGGAGCAAGCUGGAACAGUGGAAGGUUGGAAGUCUUGGAGCAAGCUGGGAUCGUGGAAGGUUGGAAGUCUUGGAGCAAGCUGGGCCAGUGGAAGGUUGGAGGUCUUGGAGCAAGCUGGAACAGUGGAAGGUUGGAGGUCUUGGAGCAAGCUGGGGCAGUGGAAGGUUGGAGGUCUUGGAGCAAGCUGGGGCAGUGGAAGGUUGGAGGUGUUGGAGCAAGCUGGGGCAGUGGAAGGUUGGAAGUCUUGGAGCAAGCUGGGCCAGUGGAAGAUUGGAAGUCUUGGAGCAAGCUGGGGCAGUGGAAGAUUGGAGGUCUUGGAGCAAGCUGGGACAGUGGAAGAUUGGAAGUCUUGGAGCAAGCUGGGGCAGUGGAAGAUUGGAGGUCUUGGAGCAAGCUGGGACAGUGGAAGGUGUCCCUGCCCAUGGCAGGGGGUGGAGUGGGAUGAUCUCCAAGGUCCCCGUCCAACCCAAGCAGUUCUGUGAUUCCUUGAAGGGAAUUCGUCUCUUCGUUCAGCAGGUGGGCUUUGAAAUCCUCCUCCUGUCCCAGCCUUGUGCCUGGAAUGAGAUCGUGGGUGGCUCAAGUGCCACCACAGGUGAAGACACAGACACUCCACUGACUUUGUCCUUCUGAGCUCAGAGACACCUUGAAAACUCUGUUAAAGUGAGCUAAAACCUUGCCAGCAUUAUCCUGCACUCUCCUGUCAGGUGAAGACACACAAACUCCUCUGACUUUGCCCUUCUGAGCUCAGAGACACCUUGAAAACUCUGUUAAAGUGAGCUAAGACCUUUCCAGCAUUAUCCUGCACUCUCCUGUCAGGUGAAGACACACAAACUCCGCUGACUUUGCCUAAAAACUCUGUUAAAGUGAGGUAAAACCUUGCCAGCAUUAAUAUCCUGCACUCUCCUCUCAGGUAAGGAAACACAAACUCCACUGACUUUGUCCUUCUGAGCUCAGAGACACCUUGAAAACUCUGUUAAAGUGAGCUAAAACCUUGCCAGCAUUGUCCUGCGCUCUCCUGUCAGGGAAAUCAGCAGGAAUUGCUCUCUGCCCACUGGAUGCCGCUGUCCCACAGAAAUAUUCAGGAACUUUUCCUUCAGCACCUUCUGGCAGCCGUGGGAGCCACGCCGGGCUCAGCCAGGCUGCCUGGAGCCCUUCUAAAAUGGAAAUGUUUAACUAUUUCUUGUUAUUAUUAGUGUUAGUAUUAGGAUUAGUAUAUAAAUAUAUGAAAUAAACAUAUUUAUUAUUAUUAAUAAUAACAAUAAUGUUUUAUAUUUUCUUUUUCUCCCCCCAAAAAAGAAAUCUCUUUAAUAUUUUGCACUUUCCACGUGGAAAUCUUGGGCCCCUCGAUCCCUUAGUGGUGUUCUGUCAGGGUGAAUAUUGCACAGGAUCAAAAUCUGUUGGUGGGGUAAAAAUGUGUUGGUGACUGAGGGGAAAACAGGCUGGCCAAAAUGUGUUUUCAGGCUCUGGACAGGUAGAAAAUAUCUCUAUAAAAUAGAAAA